GUACAACGAAGACUACAUUAUUUUACUACAGUAAAGGCGUAUAAAUACAAAAGCAUAAAUAAACUUGACGUCCAAGCAACCUUUUCUAUUAGUAGACAUUUUAUUCUUCUCUCCCUUUUCUAAUUUAGAUUUAUUAUCUUCUCUCUCUCUCUCUCUUUACCUAAGGUCUAGCUUGGGAGAACUGAUCUCUCACGUACUAUUAUGAACUAGGAAAAUCAGUGAAAAUUAAAGUGUGGAAGAAUUAAAUUCCUUCCUUCUCUUAUAACAUCAAUAAGAGAAUUAGGACUAGGGCCAAGACUCGUCGAGAUAAACGUGCCCAAAAAGUGACUUAGCUAGCUAGAUUCCGUUGUUAUCUCUCUUAAAAAUUUGGGUAUUUUUUUCGUCUAACAGUAUUAGUAGUGUGGAUAAAUCUUAAUAUUAUUUGAGAGAGAGAGAGAGAGAGAGAAAGAGAGAGAGAUUGCUUGUGGAUUUUGGGGAAGUGGAGGACCUAGAAGAAAAAUUCAAGCUAAUUGGGGAUGAAACUCAAAGCAAAUUAAGAAGAAGUGAGAUCAUGACAUGGUGCAACGAUCAAUCAGAAGACGUGAGACCCAAUAUUCAUAUAAUCACGGCGCCAACUUCUAAUAACGAUGCUUCUACAACUAAUAAUAUUAAUAAUACUACUUCGCUUGUGACUAAUACCAAAUCCAUUGUUGCUCCUGACCAAUCAAGGAGUACUACUAUAACAUGCCCAUCUUGUGGACACCAUAUAGAAUUCCAAGACCAGCAGGCGGGAAUUCAUGAUUUACCGGGACUACCAGCGGGUGUGAAGUUUGAUCCUACGGAUCAAGAAAUACUUGAGCAUUUAGAGGCAAAAGUACACUCAGAUAUUUCGGGUAAGCUUCAUCCCCUCAUUGAUGAAUUCAUACCAACACUUGAAGGAGAAAAUGGGAUUUGCUACACUCACCCAGAAAAGCUUCCAGGAGUAAGUAAAGAUGGGCAAAUUCGUCACUUCUUUCACAGACCUUCAAAGGCUUACACGACUGGCACAAGAAAACGUAGGAAGGUUAACACAGACGAGGAUGGAAGCGAAACGAGAUGGCAUAAAACAGGUAAAACAAGGCCUGUAUUCAUUGGCGGAGGAGUGAAGGGUUUUAAAAAGAUCUUAGUUCUAUACACCAACUACGGUAGGCAAAGGAAGCCUGAGAAAACUAACUGGGUUAUGCACCAAUACCAUUUGGGCAAUAAUGAAGAAGAAAAAGAUGGGGAGUUAGUUGCCUCUAAAGUUUUCUACCAAACACAGCCUAGACAAUGUGGCUCAUCAUCAUCAUCCUCCAUCAUCAUCAAAGACCCAUCAAUAAUAUUUGAUAGAGGUAGUCCUGGAUUCGAUGAUGACCAUAAUCAUUAUCAUCAUCUAGCAAAGAAGGCGGCACUUCAUCAAGUUGAGUACAAUUAUAGUAUUCCCAAUAAUAAUAAUAAUCCUUUCCUUAAUUAUAAUGAUCAAGGGUCCCAUAAUAGAGAGAGCCCACCACAGCUAAUCCCCAAUUUGGUUGUCCAAGGUGAUGGGUCUUCGUUUAUUCAUCGAUUAACCACAGAUGCAAGCAAAGGAAAGCUGUCUUGAAUAAAAUAAAAUAAUACACAUAUAUAUAGUAGCUUUAUUUGGUAGGGUAUAUAUAUAACCAUGAUAGUGACUUUUCUGGUUGUUGGGGUAUAUAUAUUGUUGUUGUGUAACAGUCCAUCGAAUAAAUUAUGGUCAUUAUAAGAUAUUAGAUGUUUCUGAUAGGGAAAAGAAGAGUGGAUGAUUGAUCGAAAUGAAGAAUGUGAUGAAUUAAUGGCUUCGAAAGGUAGAUGGGCUUAAAGAAGACUUGGCCGUACGACAUUGUUACUACAAUUGUGUUAUUGAUUUUUAUGAUGAGUAGGUGCUGCAUGAUAUUGAUAAUAUAGGGGUAUACACGUGACUUUAUAUUGGUGUACAGAUAAGUGGUUCGUUUUUGAAUAACAUUCACAAGUUGAUCCA